AGUUGCUUCGCUGUUAAGGUUAUGUUUAAUGUUUAGUCAAAUUUGUAUUCCUUCUUUCUUUUUAAAUAUUGUAUCGUUUUAUCAGGAUUAAUUGUUUAAAAUCAUCAGUGUAUACUAUGUUCUCCAAACAGGGAUUUCUAUUUUUAGGCAAAGAAUGCAAAAAAGUCCUAAAAUAUGGUUUCAAUAAUUACUCCACAAGCACUUCAAAACCCAAAACAGCUAUAGUGAUGUUAAACAUGGGAGGGCCACAACGUACAGACCAAGUUCACGAUUAUUUAUUGAGAAUUAUGACUGAUAGAGACAUGAUCCAAUUUCCUUUUGCACAAAAUUUAAUGGGUAAGUGGAUAGCGAAACGUAGAACUUCUGUAGUACAACAAAGAUAUGAAGAAAUAGGUGGUGGUUCACCGAUUUUAAAAUGGACCACCCUUCAGGGCGAUUUGUUGUGUAAAAGGUUGGAUCAGGAACAUCCUGAAACAGCUCCGCAUAAGGCUUAUCCAGCUUUUAGGUAUGCAAGCCCUUUUACAGAGGAUGCCUUAGAAGAACUUAGAAGAGAUGGUGUGGAAAGAACUAUAUUAUUUUCCCAAUACCCUCAGUAUAGCUGCGCUACAUCAGGCUCUAGUUUCAAUGUUGUCUCAAGACAUUUGCAGAAGAUGGGCAUUCCAAAAGGAAUGAAACUAAGUAUUAUUGAUAGAUGGUCAGUUCAUCCACUUUUAGCCAAGUGUUUUGCGGAUUUGAUUCAAAAAGAACUCCACAAGUUACCACAGGAUAUUAGAAAGGAGGCUGUCAUUUUGUUUUCUGCACAUUCAUUACCUCUUAAAGCUGUAAAUCGUGGCGAUCCAUACCCAUCUGAAGUAGGUUGUACCGUUCAACUUGUAAUGUCAGACUUGAAAUAUUGUAACCCCUACCAAUUGGUUUGGCAGUCCAAAGUUGGUCCUCUACCGUGGUUGGGCCCCUUUACCGAUGAAUCAGUCAAGUGUUAUGCCAAACAAGGAAAAAAAGCUCUUAUAGUCGUGCCUAUUGCUUUUGUCAAUGAGCAUAUUGAAACUUUACAUGAGCUUGAUAUUGAACUUGUUGAAGAUGCUAAAAAGGCUGGUAUUGAAAUAAUUCGUAGAGUACCAACACCAAAUGAUCAUCCGCUAUUCAUAGACGCUCUUGUCGAUCUGGUAAAACGCCAUUUAAAGAGUAACCAAGCUGUGAAUCCGAAACUAUUAAAUCGUUGCCCGCACUGUGAAAAUCCCAGUUGUUCAACAACCAAGAAAUGGUUUGCUGAAAAUUGCAGUAUUUAGGAAAUCUAUUUAUAAUUUUGGGUUUGGGUUUAAACAAAAAAUCACAAAUUUUAUCUUCAAUAUCUCAGGUAAUUUAUAUUUAAUGUUUGUUAAUGGUUGGCUAUUAUAAGUAUACUGUUGCUGUAAUUUAAUAAAAUGUUCGAGAAAAUGUUCCUGGUAAAAAACAUGUAGUUAUCCUUUCUUGAAUUAUUAUUUCAGUAUUUUCGGAUUGCAUACUUUGAAAAUUCUUGGUAACAUUUCAGUCAUAGAUGUAAAUACUCCAUUAGAUAUGCCCUAAAAAUAAUCAGAACUUUAAAAAGAUGAUGGAGUAGAAUAGAAUCAUAUCUAAUUAUUGCAUUUUGGAACAAAAUCUAAAGUACACACUAGGUCCCUCUAUCUUACCUACACUUGAAAGAACAAAUUGUAGCAUGAAUUUCACUGAUUUCAUUGAUUUCAACUGUAUUUCAAUUAGAGUGAACUGGCGAAAAAUUGAUGGACAGUUAUUUACUUCAAGUGAUAUUACAACAUUUAAAUGUAUUGCGAUUUCUAUCUCUUACCUCAGGCAACAUAAACUGAAGAUUCUUGAGUUCAGAUCCUCCCCAGGAAGCCAUUUCUAUCAUGAAACCCUUUACACACUUGAAAACUAAUUCUGCUCGUUUUUCACACCAAUUUAUAGUCAUUUCCUGGAAAAAAUCAAAAUACAAAAUAAUUCUGACACAAUCAACCUAGAGCUCUUAGUAAAUCCCUUGAAAUAAGAAAUUAAUUUCUUACCUCUGUCAUGUCAUACUGCAACAAUAAAGGAAUAGUCAACGAAGUUACAUCAUUAGAACAAGCAGUUUUUAAAAUAUGUCUCAAUCCCAACACUACUGGAUGUCUACUGUUGAUAUCGCUUCCUCUCAAACUAUCAUCAGUAACCAUAUGAAAAAUAACGUGGACUUGAGCCAAAUUCGAGUGACGUGUCAAAUAAAAAUCGCCAGGCUGUAAAAGUUCACUGUGCGCGUUUCUAGAAGAUUCCAGAAGUGGUUUUUUAAAAUAUUGAAGAGCCACAUCUGAAAUUUUGUCUAGCUGUUCUUCUAUAUGAGGAAAAUGGAAUUCGGUAGUUCUUUGGCAGAUUUCUUGAAAAUCUUGGGUUAAUCUUGAGCCUAUUUUGUUGUCUGUCAUUAAUACCAGCCCGGUUAAGUCGUUGGAAUACAAACCUAAUGCAGUUUGGAGCAGCUGUGGAGUUGGUUCUGACCUGAAUAAAAAAUAAGAUUGUUUAUGCCCAAAAAAAUCUGAUUAAGUAUACCUACAAUAGUUCAUUAUCUUCAAUCGCACACAGAUCCAUAACGUUAGCCGAUAAUAUUCUUAUAUUGUGCAUUUGCUUCAAUUGAGAUCCUAAAUGAAUAGUGAAACUUUCUUCUAAUAUUGAUUGGUUAAUUUGAUCUCUACUAGUAUUACUUUCGUUGCUUGGGAAGUCUUUGAGUGGAGCAGGACUUAGAGGAGAACUACCAACAAAAUAUAUUUAUUUAUUUAAAUCCUUAGUGCUUACAUUAUACCUAAAUUAUAAUAGUUAGUACUGUUUGCAGUUAAAAUAACCCUUAAGCGUACUAGACUGUUUUUCUCCUCAUAUUAAGUAGCUUUUGUAACGUUAAUUGGUUGAUUCUAACCUUCUUGUUAUUUACGGAACUCUGUACAAAAAAACAAUAAAAUUUUUGAAUGUGAAUGUUUUUCUCAGAUUCAGAUUGGAUUUGUACAAUAAUGUUUUAAGAUGUUUUUAAAAUAAAUUAAUUCGAUAUUACAAGUUUUACUAUUUUCUGUUGUCUUUGUAAACUAAUUUAUUGAGAAGUUGUUUGAAUGUAUGUCUAUUUUUAUAAUUUGUGUUAAAAUCUCCAAUAUGUAAUAAAUAGUAUACAGAGUCAUUUACGUAGCCCUUGCAUUAGAUUGCAGGUGGAUUAGAUGAUAUUCCUACUAAUCCACCUGCAAACUGGACCACUUCUAAUGCAUGAGCUGCUUAAAUCACAGUGUAAAUUAGUAGUCUUGCAAAUAAAAACUUGAAUUUUGUUAUUUGGUUGUAAUUAUUGGAAAACCAAAUUCUUACUUUGGUGUAGGUAAAGAUGAGUUGGCUUGGUUUUGUUCCACCAUUUGCAUAAUCCAUUCCCUGUAUUCACGUCUUUGGGCUUCUUUCAUGGUAUCCAAUUCGCUAGUGAGUUUUCCUUGCAGCAAUGAAUGGGUCUCAUAGUGGCUGGCGACCAAUUCAUUGAUUUUUGUUUCAGUCAUGUCUUGUUCCAGCCUAUCAACUGCUUUAUUCAUCUCUUCGCUUUGUCUAAGAGAAAAUAAGACAAAAAAGGUUUCCUUUGAUUGUAGAAAAUAGAACAAGUGACGAACCUAUUUGAUAGUUUUUUUAUUAGAAUGUUUUUUUCUUCUGCUUUUUGGCGGACGCUUUUAGAAUACAUGUGCUCGAGUUGGAGCAUGGUUUCCAAUGCUGGUGAAUGCACUAGUUUAUGGUAAGCUGUGGCGAAUAGUUCUUCGUCAGAUGCACAACGUUUUUCUCCAAAUUCUACCAUUUCCUGCAACAAAUAAUUUCUCAUAAUAAAGAAACAGUGAAUAAGGAAGUAACAAAUGAACAAUGCAUGCAUGUAACUUGUUACAUGUUUCUCUCUCAAGGUGUUAUUGGUGGCGUGAGUGGUGCGGAAGAAGUUAAUGCUCUUUUCUAACCCAAGCGAUAUGAGAACCAUUCUAGAGCUCUAAUUUUCAGUCAAUCAAUUCAAUUGUCAAGUAGGAUAAACAUUCAACUCGGGUUCGACCUAUUGAAAAAUAGGUGGUCAACUGGAAAUUACUAAUUCUGGAACGGUUCUCAUGUCGGUUAGAACAGAGUCACAUGUACAAUGACGAUUCAGUGUUUUGUAAGUUUCAAUAGAACCAAUAUUAACAAACCAAUAUUAACAAAAUUACAACAAUAAAGUUAUUAACUUAAUUAAUUAACUAAUCUAUCAGGUAUUCUGCUAUGUUCUAUACAAGUUAUGCCCAAGGCACCUAGAUGUUUGAAACCCCUGUGUGUGCCUUAUAUGUCACUAUGUGAAGAAAAAAAAGAAAGCUCUUUAUAAUUUACUAAUUAAGUCAAGAAGAAAAAAAAUAAACUGUUGAGUGAUACAGUACACAUUAAUUUUAGGUAUAAUUGUCACAUACAUUAUUUAGCAAAAAACAGUUAAGAAUGAUCCAAUAUUAGAAAAAAUAUACUCUUUACAUUUCUCAGUGAAUUUCUUUCCCUUCUGAAUACCUCUUAUGCUAUUUGGCAACUGAUUAUAAACUUUAGGCCCGAUAUAAGAAAAAAAAGUCAGAUUGCUAUUAUUGAAACUACGAGGUAUAUUUAUGUGGUGGUUAAGGUUGUUUCGUGUACUGUGUUCAUGGUUUAUAUGGUCUUUCAGAUAGUCAUUUUUUUGUACAUAGCUACUUACUGCAGUCAUGUAUAGUGUACGUAUAUUACAGGUCUCCAAUGUAAAUAUAAGAUGUGUCGGAU